UGGAGUGACACCCACCACCUGGGCUUGUUCCCUUGCCUUUACCCUCCCUGACCUGGGGUUCCAAAGCAUGCUUGCCCAGAGCCCUCGAAGUACCCCUCCGCUCACACCACACCUUAUUGUUUUAACUACAUUUCUCAAGCCGAAGUUGCUAACGAGGUUGGAGAACCGGGUGAAAAGGAAGACAGUGGCGGCGCUGAAGGAGCUGAGCCAGCAAACCCAAGAAACUAAAAGCCGGCGGGAAAGGCUGCUGGAGGACAGCAGGCAGCUACUGGAGGAGAAAUACCGUGUGCAGGCUGAAAACCAGCUUUUCCUGGAAUACCUGUGUAAGAACAAGGAGCAGUGUGAAAAGAAGCAGGAGGCCCUGCGGAAGCAGUGUGCCCAAGAAUGUGGCGAGAUAGAACGAAGGAGACAGGAACUGGCGUCCAGAUACGCCCAGAGAAACGCAGCCCUUCAAGCUCAGCUCCUGCAGGGCAGAAAGACCCAGCAGGACUUACAGCAGCAGCUGCAGGCACUGAAGACUGUUUACACUGUAAGGGAGUGGCAGGACAGGAAGAUACAGACCUUGGAGAAGGAGAAAGAGAAAAUCCGAGGUGAGACAGCGGCCAAGGACCGGGAGGCACACAUCCAGUUUCUGAGGGAAAAGGCCCGGAUGGAGAAGGAGCUGGAAGAGCUGAGCUUGAUGGAGCUGGGGCAGAGCAGCACCAAGGGGCCUAGGAGGGAGUACAGGGCCUUGGCGCUGGCCUGCAAGCAGGCUCAUUUGGAGUUCUGUGACCGCCUCCACAGAGAGAACCAGCAGCUACGGAAUGAGCUUCAGCAGCUGAGUCAGGAGUACCGCAAGGUGGAGGCUGUGAGAAUCCGCUUGGAGAAGCGGCAGCAGCUGGUGAAGGAGGAGCAGUGGUAUCUAGAGGCCUUGAACAGAGGGUGGCAGCGGCUGCAGGCAGGACGUGAGCGCCAUCGUGGUCAUAAUCCAUGCCUCAAGGAAGAGGAUGCUUCAAAGACCGUGCUGAGCCCCAAAUCAAGAACAAAUUAAAAGUAAUAGCUACCAUAACUGACUAAAGAAUCUGAGCACUGGAGGUAAUCUGUAAUCAAAGCAUCCGUCA